AUGGCGCGACGCACCGCGUGGAGAACCCGCCGACGCCGCAUUGCAGUCUCUCCCAUCCGCGGCUUCGUUCGGCGCCACGUAUUCUCCCUCAUCCUCGCCGCUCUCCUCCUCUGCGCGGCCCUGCCCCGUUGCGUGCUCGCCUGUGACGCGAUCCAACCCGAGCCUUUUCCCUCGCUCGCCGCUCACCUUUCCGCCCCGCCAUCGCCGAUUAACCGCGGCGCGGAGUUUCGGGAGUUGCAUGCGACACGUGUCGCCGACGGUGGGGGCCGGGGCGACGAGAGCGAGCAGAGAGAUAGCGAGCGGCGAGCUACACGACAUGGCGCAUCGUUGCUGCUUCUGCUGGCGGGGCAGGAAGGGCUGGGGCAGGAAGAAACGAGCGACGGGGGUUGGACGGACGGCGCGCGGGCAAGAAUGGGAGACGCAGCGGUAUCAGCGGCAGAGGAGUCAGCGGCAGCGGCGGCAGUGCCCGUUCCAGCGGAGCCGUCAACGGCGCACUGUUACUGCCCUAGCGACGACUGGGACGACACCGGCGACGACUGGCACGACACGCGCGACGACUGGCAGCAGCGCGCGGAGGCAUGGGCAGCGGAGGACGCGCGUGGGGCUGGGGUGGUUGAGACGGGCCGCGGCAGCGAUGCGGGCGUCGUAACGCAAGGUGAGGGCGACGGCGCAUGGCCGGCAGCAGGGGCGCUACGGCUGCCUAGCGAGGGCGCGCGGCCGCUCGGCGUGAAGAUGGUGGUCGAGGCGGUCAGCAGGCAUGGCAGCGACAGCAACGUGGGUGGGGAACGGCGCAGCGACGGGCUAGACAGGGGGGGUCUGCACCCGCGUCAAGGGGCGAGUGAACCGGAGACGGCAGGAGCCAUGGCAGUGUGCGACGGAAUGCGCGGGUGUGCGGCCGGAGCGGAACACGCGGUGGGCUUGCUCCUACCCACGUCGCAGGUCACGCACCCCGGGACCGCUCACUCAGCGCGCCCUCAUGCGCUUCUACUCAGUGCACAUUCCGAACAAGGCGCCUCUGCGCUCAUCCACAGCGUCGCCUCUCCAGCCCUCCCGGUUUACAACAUUCUAACGGCGCCGCCGGCCAGUGCGCGCGUCAGCGGGAAGGGGAUGAGGAAGCGGGUGAGGAGCGAGCAGCGGCGCCUGCUCGCGCUCUACGCGCGCCAUAUGUCCGGACCUGGCCGCUGGGUUGGGCCCCUCCCGGACGUCCCGAAUGGCGGCUCCUGGGUCUUUGCGCCGCUCCGCUCCCCCCUGCACGUGCGCUCGUUGGCGCAGAUCCCCCGCAGCUUCCCCCUGUUCGACGCGGAAGCCGCCUGCCGGCUGCAUCUCGUGGUCACCGACGCGGAUUCCUUCCGCCGAUGGCUGCCCGAAUCGCCGCCGAACGCCACUGGCGCAACCACCCUGGCGGAGGUCGAGCAGCCGAGGAGUUCAGGUGCGCCCGCGCUUUCCGCCAACCCCGCGCCUCCUGCUCCUCACGCGGCCCCGCAGCCGCCACCGGCGCAGACAGUGGGGGGCAGGCGGAGCGACGCUGCGCCGCUGGUGGUGCUGAGCACAAGCACUUUCUCCACUGGCGCGGGCGCGGGGGGGAUUGCGGGGAAGCAGGGCACCGUGGUGCAGCUUUGGGCGGAAAGUGACGACCGCGAAGGGGGGGGACAGGCGGACUUGGGGCUUGAAAUGGGGUUGAGACUUGGGCUGGGGUCGGGGGGAGAAAGGCAACGCGCGGAGCAAGGGGCGGAGGCAGGUGCUUGGAAGGCGGGGAGCGGAGAGAGGAGGAGCUUGUUGGCAGCUGACGUGUGCGGAGGCGUGGGGGGCUGGCGGGACCAGGGGGACGAGGAGGCGAGUGGAGGGCUGGUAGCGGCCGGGCCAGGGAAAGAUAAUGUGAGAGUGAGUGGGGCGGAGGGCGCGGGGACGGGGGCAGGGUCGGGGGCGGGGUGGGGGGCGGGAACGGGCGCGAGCAGUGAGGGGCGGGAGUGGGUGUUGCGGUGGACGAUGUGGAACGUGCAUGGCACGGAUGGCGCUAAGGAUGACUGGGCACAUGGGGACGGAUUGCCUGUGGAUUGGCCGGUGCUCGAGGCACGCGAGGCUGCGAGGCUGGAUGCGCUGAUUGCGACGCAGCUGAGUGGGGAAGGAGGAGGAGGGAGCGAGGAAGGGGGAGCGGUAGGGGGAGGGGGAAGGAGACAAUUGAAGGAUGCGUAUGAGGGCGAUGCGGAGAUAGGGACGGACUUAAAGGAGAGGAGUAGGCGACUCAUGGAGGAAGAAGGAGGGGUGUCGUUGCAUGCGAACGCGCAAGGGGCUGGCCCACAGGCCGGCGAGCUAGUCUCCUCCUCUGAAAUGCACACAGACACUGGUGGCAUGGCGACGACUCGUCGCGCACCACCGCCCGGUACCGCUCUGCAAACCCCUCCACCACGGUCCAGCCAGCGGUCACUGGACGUGAAGGUGGCCAAGGAGGAGAUCGAGGCGGCGAUUGCAGCAGCGCUGGCAGCGGCGCACCAACAGCGCGUGCUUCUGGCGCUCAACAUCUUUGCGCCCGUGGUGCGCGUCGUCGCCCCCCACAUGCCCCCCAUCACCCUCGUAGAGCGCCUCGCCAAGGCGCGCUCGCUGCACCCGCUGCUCGCGCACCUGCUGCGCCUGGACGUGCGGAUACAUGAGGUGGAGCUGGUGGUGCGCGCGGAACCCGCGCCUCCGCCUCCGCCCGCGGGCGGAGUGCGCGGGAGCAACCUGUCCGCGCUCACGCGGGGGCAUUUCGAUGUGUGGAGCGCAGGGAGUGGGAAGCAGCUGGCGGCGGGGAAGGUGCUGCAGCAGUGGGACGCGUAUGACGUGGUCAAUGUCACGUCCGGGGAUGUGGGGCGCGACUGGCGCUUCUCCUCCCUUGCUUACAACUUUGAGCCUGUUAAGCCUCCGCGCCCGCCGCCCCCGCCCUCCCCGCCGGCCCCCCCUCCGCCCCCGUUUCCUCCUCCGUUUCCCCCGCCCGCGCCCUCGCCCCCACCGCCGUCCCCUCCGCCUCCCGCCCCUCCGCCCCCUCCUUCGCCUCCGCCUAAGCCUCCGCCGCCCAGCCCGCCUCCCCAGCCGCCGCCCCCUAGCCCGCCGCCUUCUCCUCCCCCUCCGCCCCAGCCCCCACCGUCACCCCCUCCGUCUCCGCCACCCUCGCCCCCGCCAAACCCACCGCCCCCACCACCGCCCCCCUCUCCUCCCCCACCAUCUCCCCCUCCCUCGCCGCCUCCCCCACUUCCGCCUCCUCCUUCCCCUCCGCCCAGUCCUCCUCCCUCCCCGCCCCCACCUUCGCCCCCCCCUCCGCCAUCUCCACCGCCCCCCUCCCCCCCUCCGUCGCCUCCCCCGCCCUCACCGCCUCCCCCUAGCCCUCCCCACCCACCUCCCUCCCCUCCCCCAUCUCCCCCGUCCCCCCCACCAUUCCCCCCUCCCUCACCUCCUCCCUCACCUCCUCCCUCUCCCCCUCCCCCGUCCCCUCCCCCUCCGCGCCCUCCUUCCCCGCCUCCUAACCCACCACCCCCGAACCCUCCCCCUUCUCCACCCCCACCGUUCCCCCCUCCACCGUCCCCUCCGCCGCCCCCUUCCCCCCCUCCCCCACUCGCGCCCCUCUCCCCCGCCGACGCACGCCUGGGGAUCAUCCAGUCCCUGGGCGAGUGGCAGAGGGCAAUAGCAGCACAGCAGCUCACGGCAGCAGCCGAAAUCUUCUCCCCCACGUGCCUCCUCCUCGCGCCCACCCUACCACUCCUCACCCUCACCUCCCUCUCCGACCGUCUGUCAGCACUGCAGCUGCUGCCAGCAGGGUGCGGCACAGACCAGCUAUUCGCAGCAGUGCUGGCGGUGGGGGUGUUUAAUGGAGUGGGGGAUGAUAGGGAUCCGGGCGGGGCGUAUGUGGUGCUCAGCACGGGCGUGUUUAGCUUCUCUGCGCCUGACGGCGCUGUGCUAGAGUCUGCUAAUGCUGUUGCGCUCUGGGAAGUGAGGGACAGGGCGCGGGAGGCGCAGGGGUAUGGCUGGGGCAGCGGCAGGGGCAGGAGCAGUGGCAGCGGUAGGGAUGCGGUAGAAGCUGUGGCGGAUGGGGAGGUGGUGGGAACGGGUGGGUUGAGAAUGGUGAGUGGUGGGGGAGGAGGGUUGCCGGAUGGGGUAUCAGAUGGAAGGGAUGGCAUGCACCAGGCAGCGCACAUAAGGCAGCUGUUUCAGGAAGAGGUGAACCGCCGGCGGCUGCAGGAGCAGGAGCAGUGGCAGGGGCAGCAGCAGGGGCAGGGGCAGGGGCAGGGGCAGGGGCAGGGGCAGGGGCAGGGGCAGGGGCAGCAGCAGGGGCAGGGGCAACAGCAGGGGCAGGGGCAGGGGCAGCAGCAGGGGCAGGGGCAGGGGCAGCAGAAGCUGCAGAAAGAGGGGCAGCAGCAGCAGCAGCAGCAGCAGUGGUGGCGGCCCCAGGAGGCGAGUCAGAACGGCCAGCUGUGGUCUGCGCGAGUUGUGGUGUGGAAUUCGAGGCUCUCAGCCUUCCCCCCAGGCCGCGGGCAAGGCACGGGCAUAGAAGACGCACUUAACCUGCUCUGGCUCCUCCCGCCCCUCCCACCCUCCCCUCCCCCCUCUGCCUCCGCCCCGCCUCGCCUCUCCCUCUCACCUGUGCCUUCCGGGCCUCUUCCCUUGAUCUCACUGCAGGCGUCUCUGGCACCAGCAGUGGCAGCACCACCUAUCCUUGCUGCCGUCUCCCUUGAACCACUCCCACUGCCACAGCCUGUGCUUCCACUGGUGCUUCCGCAGGUGGCGCGGGCGGGAGGUGCAGGGCUGUCAAGUGGGGCAGUGGGAAAGGGCGUGCUGCUGCAAGGGGCAACGAGGGGGGAAUUCACAGCGGCGCAGGAAGAGCAGGAGGCACGGACACAGGCGCAGGGGCUGGUGGACGGGGAGGAGGGGUCGAGUGGGGGGCUGAUGCUGGUUGGGGAGAGCAGGCAGCAUGCAGAGGGGAUGGGUGUGAGGAGACGCGUGCAGCUGGAAAUGGGCAUGGCAGGGCAGGGAGAGUUGGGGGGAGGGGUGGGGGUACGGGUGGAGGAAGGAGGAAGGGACGGAGGGCACGGGGCGUGGGGGCGGGGCAGGGGGCGGGGGGGGUUGCUGAUAGAGCAGGUGGAUGGCGUGUGCUGGGUGCAGGCACAGCAGCGGGGCGCGCAGGGAGAGGCGCAGCAGCAGUGGCGAGGGAAGGCGAUGGGGGCGGUGGAAGGGUGGGCAGAGGAAGCAGGUGGGAGGGGAGGGUGGGAGCGGUGGGUGCGGUGGGUGAUGCGGGCAGUGGCACGGGUGGUGGUGGGGGGCGCGGUGUGGUGGCAGCAGGCUCGGGAGAUGCUUUCCGUGCGUGGAGCCAUGCAGCAUGAGAGUGGCGUGCAGAGGCUGGGGUGGGGAGUGGGGGGAUGUGGAGGAGGAGAGGGUUGUGGGAGCAGUGAUGGUGGCAGUGAUGGUGUGAUGCAGCAGAGUGUGAGGGAGCAGAGUGGAGGUAUGCAGCAGCACGGGCAUAGGUUAAAGGCACCGUUGCUCAUCGUGCCAUUUGCAGGGCCGGGGGCGAUCAGUCGCAGCAGGAAGGAUGCUGGUUUGGAAACAGUGGACGGCACAGGACACCCAGGCUCCAUGCAUGCAAGCACCAGCAGGCUUCACAGUACUGCUCCUGAAGGCGAUACCACACCCCCAUGGCCGCUCAUGCAUGACGCAGCAAGUACCGCUACUGCCUCUCUCCCCACUGCUCCCUUCCCCACCUCUCCCCCACCAUCUCCCCACACCAAGCCCCCAGUUCCCCCAACCCCCCCCCGCUCGCCGCUCGAAGCCAACGCAUCGGCCAUUAGAAGGGAGAUCGCUGUCUCCCUGCGCUGCUGGCGGCAGCACGUGGAGGCGAGGGAUGAGCAGCGUGCUGCUGCCAUCUUCGCCCCGGUCACCUCCCUCACCGCCCCCGGCCACGACCCCCUGCUGCUCCCAGACCUGCCCUCCAAACUCACUGCGAUUAAGCCCUUUCUGGAGGGGCGGGCGGUGGUGCGAGUGCGGUUGGGCGCGGUUCAGGUGGUGAAGCGGGGCGUGCAGCCGGGGCAGGCGGUGGCAGUGGUGGCGCAGGGGGAGUUUGAGCUGAGCUGGCGCGGAGAAGCGGAGCGGGAGUGGAGAUUACCGGGCAAGGGAGUGAUGCUGGGAGGAGAGGCAGUGGAUGGUGCGCAUGGCGAUCUGGAACUAUGA